AAAAUAACACCACACCCCACUCGCACACAGCACGAACGCGCCUACGUCGACCACAUUGCGUGAAGGCAGUGUCUACCACGCGAUCACGGUAGCAUGUAAGUUGGAGAGGGGUAUAGUGAUUUCCGGACGACGUCCUAUCAGACCAACGAGGCCCAAGGCAGCAGUGCAGCACCACGACGUUAAGCUUUUGAUUCGAGAGAGCCACUGACACCUAGCAAGCCAAAACUCACUGGAUGCAUGGUGGGACCAUGAACUCAAUUACAAACGCCAACAAGGGCGAGGCUACAAUCGCACUCGGCCCUACUUAGAAAGAAGAAGGGAAGAGAGAAAAGGCCAUUUAGAGUUCAGAGUUUUAGACCGAGAUCAACUUCUUGUUGUUGUGUUCUUGCUUUUCGUAGGUGUGUGGUGAGACUCCAAGAGUGAAACAGAGUAGGGGAGAGAUGGAAGGCGGAGAGAGCAACAGUGGCGGCAGUAGUAAUGCCGAGGGUCCUUCUGUUUUGAAUCGGAUAAUGUCCAAGUACCGCCCGAUCGCGCCGAAACCCUUCACCGGAGGCUCACUUACGAAUAAGCUUCCUAAGAGAACCAAGAGGAAGUACGUCAGGAAGAAUAGGGAAGAGCUUAGCAGGAAACACGAAGUGACGAGUGAACAGUGCGUGAAGACGCUGCAGCUGAUGGAGAAGAGUGGUAGCAGCGGUAACGAAAGCUCCAUGCGCGGCGGCGGAUCUAGCUUUGAGGUUGAUGCUAGGGUUGUUGAAGACAACAACCACUGGUUGAGCCUGAGCGUAGCCGGUGAUCUGACCGCGGCGAUGGGGAGGAAACAGGUUGUGAGCGUGUCAGAUCCGUCCACUGUAAUGGAUCGGAUGGGAGGAGUGGUGUCGUGGGUGACGGUGGAGUGCGUGAGAGGAUCAUGCAUGACCGCUCCGAUUUCGUCACAAGGGUUUGAGUUCGGUUUGUCCGGGGUUAGUGCCGAGGAGGAGAGAAUGAGGAGAUUGGAGAGCGACGUCUGUCCGGGGUUCAUAUCGGAUGGUUGGAACAGAGUGCAGUGGCUGAACGGAGCCUUUAAAAGGAUGGUGAUGAUGACGAGGCAGCAGCAACCGCUGCCGGAGGUAACAGUGUGGUUGUUGAUGACUGAGGAGCUGCCGCUCACGACGAACUCGGCGUUCACUUGCCAAGUGAAACUGAAAUACACCGUGGUGGAGAGUCAGAAGAAGGACAAGAACUACUACUCGCAGUUGGUGCCAUGUGAUUUGUGGAGGAUGGACGCCGGUGGAUUUGCAUGGCGGCUCGACGUUAAAGCUGCCCUCACUCUCAGCGUCUGAAAGAAACCAACUCCGUCAUAUCCCGAUCAGGUAAUAUAAAUCCAUGAUAAGACUCAUAAGAGGAAACUCUCGACUGUUCUAAUGUUUGAGUCUCCAUCUGUCCGUAUAUAUGCGACCCCAUUAUUGUUGUUUACUGCAUAAUCAGCUAACCAUCUGGCUCGUCGUUUUGAGUUUUGACCAAAAUGAAAAAUAUCGGAGAGACAAAAACCCAGCUUGGGUGUGGCAUCAAACCGCGGCAGUAAAUAGUAAAAAGUAAAAAAGUGACAGUUAG